AUGUCGGGUAUCGCUUCCAAGAACCUUUACGAGCUUCUCGGCAACGACCACGAAUAUGAUUCCGACAAGGAGCCAGAGCCACCAGUGAAGGUUGUCGAUAAGACUCCAGCCCGCAACACCAAGCGCAAUGCUACUGGAGAGGCCCCAGCAGCCAAGGCUCCUGUAGCUGACGGACGUGGUGCUCGUCGUGGAGGAUACUCCGGAAACGAAGGUGCAUUCCGUGAUCGUAACGCUGGCAGCGCCAACAACCAAGGCAAGCCAACCGAUGACUCUGUCAGACAAGAUCGUCACCCAAGACGUGAAGGUGGUGGACGUGGCCGAGGUGGUGCUCGUGGAGGUGCCAAGUUCGAUCGUCACAGCCGUGGAGUCGGAGGUGAUUCCGAGAAGCAAGCUGCUCAUGGCUGGGGUGCCACCGAAGGUGGUGCUGAGCUCGCCGAUGAGCAAGCCGGUGAAGCUAUUGCUAAGACCGAGGCUAAGGAAGAUGGUGAAGCAGCUGAGGCCGCCGCUGAAGAGGAGCCAGAAGACAACAGUGUCUCCUACACCGAUUACCUCGCUCAAUUAGAGGAGAAGAGAGCCGCACUCAACGCCGCUACCCCUGAAGCUCGCAAGCCAGACAGCAAGCUCGACAAGAAGUGGGCUAACGCCAAGCCUAUCGCCAAGGAGGAUGAGGAAGACUUCGUCGCUGGAACUGGUGGCAAGGCCAAGCGUGAACGUCAACGCACUCAAAAGCAAAUUGUUGAGAUUGAUCAACGUUAUGUUGAACCCACCGAACGUGCUGGUGGUAGAGGAGGAUUCCGUGGAGGCCGCGGACGUGGUGAUGGACCACCACGUGGCGACAGAGGAGGUUUCCGAGGACGUGGUGAGGGCCAACGUGGACGCGCUCGUGGCGAUAGAGGCCCACCACGCCAAAGUGCUCCAAGAAACGGAGGUGCUUCUGCAUCCAUCCAACUCGAGGACCAAUCUGCUUUCCCAAGCCUUGGCGCAUAA